AUGGGAGACAUCGGAGAGAAGGGCUUCAGUGGUGCAUCUGGAAUGGGUCCCGAGGGACCACGAGGACCGCAGGGCCCGAAAGGAGUCACUGGUUUGCCCGGCCGGGAUGGAGCGCGCGGUGAAAUCGGUGACAAGGGUGAAGCAAUGCAACUAUCAAGAUGCCCCAUUUAUCCUCCUGGUGACGAUGGUCCACAGGGAGAUAGCGGGGAACCCGGACCCGAUGGCCAAGACGGCGAACCUGGAGACCAAGGUCCUGAAGGACCGCAGGGACCACAAGGAAAGCAGGGUCCCGAAGGUCCAAGAGGACAGCCUGGCGAAACAGGUCCUGAGGGCGAACGUGGACCGCUGGGUGAGCCUGGCGAUCGUGGUGAAAUAGGCGAGCCUGGAGAACCUGGAGAGGAUCUAAUCGACACUGUUGGUCCACCAGGAGAUCGCGGUGAACCUGGUAUCGAUGGCGAAGAAGGGCCCAAAGGACAGCCGGGCAAAGAUACAGGAUGUUCGCAGCAUGUGGACAAGAAAUUAGCACAAAAUGCAAUAGAUUUGAUGGGUCCGAAAGGUGAGAAGGGAAGCCAGGGCGAAGCUGGCCCUGUUGGUCCGAGUGGACCCCCCGGGCCCAAGGGCGAGACCGGCCGUAACGGCAUGACCGGCGAACGCGGUGAUCAGGGUGAAAUUGGACCUGAGGGCGAGAAGGGAGACCCUGGCCGUCGCGGUGAGCUGACACGUUUCAGGCCUAUAAUGACAGCGUGCAUUUAA